AAACAGUGAAAUGUUCGAAAACAAGAAAACAAACUUCUAAAACACUUGUUUACAUAGCAGGUGGCCCCUGACGUCACAUGGGGUCGCAGUACGCCCAAAAAUAACAACACACACCUCCGCGCACAAGCAAGUGCCUCCCCUGGGGGGUUUCUAGUCCCAAAUAUACUUGCUUGCUGGGAUACAGCUUGAUGUGUGUUUGAGUCGUAGCAGAAAAAAAAAAAACAUAAGCCGCUUCUUCCUCGUAUUGCGCGUCAUUCAAACAGGACUCGGUGUACUGCUUUUCCCUCUGUUGCAUUAGUAAUAACAGCGGCGUUGACGGGAGACAGCAGGAGAGAGUGUGUGUGUGUGUCUCCAACAGCAGUGUCCAGCGGAGGAAUAUUUGAGCUUUUUUUAUUUACUCUGCAGCUUGUUGUUCAUUUUCUCUGCGUUAUGGUGAACUUGGACAGUCACGUGUGAAGAUCUCUGCAAGUACAGAGGACGACGACUUCUCACCUUGUGCGUCCCUUUGACUUGACCGUGAGGGAAAUAUACCUGCCAUUUUUUGUGAUAGCUAUCAUCCCUGGACACCUUCCAGUCCUGCAGGACGGACAACAGCAAAUUCUCUCCCUUAGGGAUGAAAUAUGCACAUGCACACUCUGCACCCAUAGAGAAAAGCAGACAACACACACUGUAAAGUCCUAAGUGGUUUUAAAUCAUGAUGAUGCAGGAGUCGGCCACAGAGACAAUAAGCAACAGUUCAAUGAGUCAAAAUGGAAUGAGCACCCUAAGCAGCAGCCAAUUAGAGGCUGGCAGUAGAGAUGGGAGAUCAAGCGCUGGUGACACGAGCAGCGAAGUAAGCACAGUCGAGCUGCUGCAUCUGCAACAACAGCAGGCCCUACAAGUAGCGAGGCAAUUACUCUUGCAGCAGCCAGGCAGUGGCCUGAAAUCUCCAAAGAGCCAGGACAAGCAGCGUCCACUGCAGGUUCCAGUGUCAGUGGCCAUGAUGAGUCCCCAGGUGAUCACGCCGCAACAGAUGCAGCAGAUCCUCCAACAGCAGGUGCUUUCUCCCCAGCAGCUCCAGGCCUUGCUCCAGCAGCAGCAGGCUGUUAUGCUGCAGCAGCAACACCUGCAGGAGUUUUAUAAGAAACAGCAGGAACAGCUUCAUCUUCAACUUCUUCAGCAGCAACACCCAGGCAAGCAGGCUAAAGAGCAACAGCAGCAGCAGCAGCCAGCUGUGCGGUGGUUAGGAUUUACUGAGCAAAACAAACAAACAAACAAACAAACAGCAAAAAUACUGCUCAACAUGCAGCGGCAGGGCCUGCUCUCACUGCCUGGGCCCGCUCCUGGCCAAGCUGCCCUGCCCGGACAGACUCUGCCCCCGCCAGGUGGUCUGAGCCCCGCAGAGCUCCAGCAGCUAUGGAAGGAUGUGACCGGAGGCGGCGGUCAUGGCAUGGAGGACAACAGCAUCAAACACAGCAGCAGUGGCACUGGCACCAGCGGGGGUGGCGGUGGUUUAGACCUGUCCACCAACAACUCUUCCUCAACUACCUCCUCCUCCAAUCCCGCCAAAGCGUCGCCUCCCAUCUCGCACCAUUCCAUCACCAAUGGACAGUCCCCAGCUCUCAACCACAGAAGAGAGAGGGAAAGGGAACGAGAAAGGGAAAGAGAGAGCUCACUACAUGAAGAAAGCGGUGGGACCCACCCCCUGUACGGUCACGGUGUGUGUAAGUGGCCUGGCUGUGAGAACAUCUGUGAGGACUUCGGACAGUUUUUAAAGCAUCUAAACAGUGAACAUGCCCUUGAUGAUCGCAGCACAGCCCAGUGUAGAGUCCAGAUGCAAGUCGUACAGCAGCUGGAAAUACAGCUUUCUAAAGAACGUGAGCGUCUUCAGGCAAUGAUGACCCACUUGCACAUGCGGCCCUCAGAAUCCAAGUCAUCUCCCAAACCACUCAACUUGGUGUCCAGCGUCACCAUGUCCAAGAACUUACCUUCAGCAUCGCCCCCCAACUUACCUCAGACACCUACCACGCCCACAGCACCUAUCACACCCAUGGCUGCCAUGCCCCAAGUGCCAUCGGUACUGGGAGGAGCAAAUGUCCCCAGCAUGGGAGCCAUGCGCAGACGCCACUCGGACAAAUACUCCAUGCCUCUGUCGUCAGAGAUUGCCCCAAACUACGAGUUUUAUAAGAACGCAGAUGUCAGACCGCCAUUUACUUAUGCAACCCUCAUAAGACAGGCUAUCAUGGACUCUGCUGACAUGCAGUUAACGCUUAAUGAAAUCUACAGCUGGUUCACACGCACGUUCGCCUACUUCAGACGCAACGCUGCAACUUGGAAGAACGCUGUUCGCCACAACCUCAGUCUGCACAAGUGCUUUGUGCGUGUGGAGAAUGUGAAGGGGGCGGUGUGGACAGUAGAUGAAGUGGAGUACCAGAAACGCAGGUCGCAGAAGAUCACAGGAAGCCCAUCACUUGUCAAGAACCUGCCCUCCAGUCUUGGCUAUGGAACUGCACUAAACGCCAGCUUACAGGCUGCACUGGCAGAAACCUCCCUGCCUUUGCUGGGGACCCCCGGCCUCAUGACUAGCGGCGCCACAGGAUUGCUGGGUGGGAGUCCCCCGGGUACGCUGAAUGGCAGCCCCCCCACCCUGUUACAGUCUGCCCACGAGGAGCUCAAUGGCUCGCUUGACCACCUGGACACCAACGGACACAGUAGCCCUGGAUACUCCCCACCAGUACACAUGCCACCCAUUCACGUGAAGGAGGAGCCACUCAACAUGGAUGACAACGACUGUCCGAUGUCAUUGGUGACGACAGCCAAUCACAGUCCAGAGCUGGAAGAGGACCGGGAGCUGGAGGAAGGGAACCUAUCAGAAGACCUGGAGUGACUAGGAUACAGUUUUUGGUCAAUGUAUCCCUUCACCCAGCUGCACUGUUUCUCUCACACAGACCUCCUACAAGACUAGAAACCACUUCACAGUCCAAGCAACCACACUGACGUUCUCUUUGUCUCUCGCACCACUGGGACUAUUUAUUGAGCAUGCAUCCAGAUGGAGAUCGGUCCAAAGGAACUCUUUGUUGCAGUCCUUUGGGAUCCCAAACAUGACAGGCAUGAGACGUCUGAUUAAAAAAAAUUAACUUUUUGAGACAUAUUUCACUAGAGAUGGCUUGGCCACAUACAGUACAAGGUUGAUGGACUCACGAAGGGGGGAAAAACACAUGAAACAAAUGAGAAAGUCAUGUUCCGUUGAAAGCUAGCGGCCUCAUAUACUGCCAAAAAAGAAGACAUUUUAUGUUUGUGAAUAAUCCAACCCACAGUAGUUGUUAAUGUCUAGAGACAAUUGCUGGUUCAAUUCAAGUUGUUGCUCUGUUAUCAUUUGCACAGGAGUAGUCUCAGAAAUUUGUGUCACUGCCUGUAUGUUGCUACUAUUAUGAAAUCCAGUAUAUUAUUUAUUUUUUUUGUUUGUUUGUUUUUUAAACCACCAUUAGUUUCCAGAUAUGAUUUUAGACGCCACCAACUGUAAAUGCCAUUCCCUGAAUCACACCAGUAACAGAACUGCAGUACUACUACAGGACUGUUGCAGCUGUCCAACAAAAAAGAAAAAAAAAGUUGGCCUCCAGUCUCUUAUCUGUUUGUGAUUAAAAGUAAAAAUCUGGACAGUAAGUUGGGGGGAAAACAGCACCAUUUACAAAAGAAAUGCAUUUCUGCAUAAUUUUCUUCUUGAUGUUUUCCUUACCUCCUCGUUCUAAAGCUUUGUCUACUUGCAAACAGGCAACAGCUAGAAACCAAAGCCAACACUAGCAAUGGCCAAUAGCUUAUAGACAGAAGUCACCAAACACCUCUUGGUCCACCUUCUGUGACUUUAAACUAGUACAAAGAGAAGCUUUUGUUCCUCAACUACCUUCGAAUAACCUCUGGGAUUGUUUCAUUUAGCCCUAUACAAAGAUGAUCAUAAGAAAGAGAGAGGGGAGAUAAAUGCUCGCUUUGAUGUGUAAUUUGAAAACUCACAGCGCAUCCACUUUGGAGAUUUUCUGCCAAAUGUACUGUAGGUAAAAGGUGAUGUGAUAUUUGAACUGCAGGUAUUUUGUGCUGGUGAUUUGACUGAUAGAGAGCAGCUAACUGUAAAAGUGGAUCAUAACCAAAACAAAACAUUUGUGUAAUCAAUGGAAGUGCAGAAGCAUUGUAUUGUUGUAAAGAUUAUGAAAAUGUUUUUCAGUUUGCAUUACACAUCAGUCAUUUUUUUUAUUUAUUAUUAUUUUAUUUUUUUUAGGAUUAUUUUUUCUAACCUGGUAUAUUCGUAAUGUUCUACGUGGGACUGUCAAAAUAAUGUCACGUCUUAUUUCUGUGGUAGUUUUGUUCUGAGCCGCAUCGAAACCGAAACUGAAAACAUUGCUAACCAAACAUGAAAACUAUCUAGUGAAGCCAAAUAAGUCAUAAUUUCAAGUUGAUAUGAAAUGAUGUGGUUUGGUUACUAUGUAAAAGCAAAUAAUUAUAGCCAUUGCAGACGAGGAUAUCUAUGGUGAAAGGUAACCUUUUCUAGGUGAUAUUUGCUUUAACUUAUCAUCAAAUACUCAUUGUGUGGUUUAUAGCUUCUAAACUAUAUAGAUACAACAAGCAUUAGCACUGAUGUACUCUAUAUAGGUAGCCAGCUUUUUAUAUCACACUUGGUAUUUAUAGAGGCUAAAGAGAAGUGGUUCAUGUGAAGACUGUCCCAUUGUCUCCCUCAGCUAAUGUCAUCUAGAAAAGUGUUGUUGCUUUAAUGGUCAUUUCUGUUUUCAGUAAACCAAAGUUACACAAAAUUCUGCCUCCUCUUGUAUGGGAUAAAGAAAUGCUAACAACAACCACACACAACCUGUCAGAGACUAGAAUACAUGCACGUGAGCACACACACACACAGACCUGUGCUGUUGGUCUGCCAACUUUCUUGUUUCAGUUAAAUCUCCAGCUGCAGAAAAUGUACACUGUCAAAGAACCGACGAGUGGCUUUGUAUCGUGCUGUAACGAGCAACGCAUCUGCUUGCUUUGACCAAAAUGGAAACACACUGUGCAUAUGUUGUUUUCAAGUGUUGUGCCAAACUGAGAAAUUGGAUGCAAGAGCUUAACAUUUAGACACAUGCAGUACUGUACAAACACAUAGCAUGUAAAACACACACACACACACACACACACACACACACACACACACCAGUUUCACGUCAAGAGGGUACUGGGCCCAGGAACAAAGCUUAUCCCUUCAAUGCUUAGCUGAAGUCAGCAAAACAACUUGAAGACGGCGUUCUUAAUAAUCUUGACACACCAAAUAAAAAGGACGUUGUGUCUUUCAAAAAAAAGGGGGGGGGGGGGGGGUUCUCCCACUCACCCAAAAAAGGCUUUCUAAAAGCUUCUACCUCUGCACAACAAAUUCAGAACAAUUAUGACAGAUUGCACGAGUUAUUAGAAUAACACAAGAGUUGUUACACUUUCCUACUCUUGUCUCAUAGAACAUGGCUCAAACCAACGUUUACAUUCCCUGUGUCAAGAUAUGGAAGAUUUGCAUUGUAAUAGGUUGUCCUCAAACAUUUGUAGAAUGAUGAUGUAUAGAUUACCUGUAAGGGAAUAUUGUGUUUUAAAAAUGCAUGUCUAAAAAUCAUUUGGUGGACUGGAAACGAGCACUAAUAAAAAGAAUAUAAUAAAAAUCACCGGGACAAUGGCCUAAAUGUACGUACAAUGCAUAGGAGUGCAUUACCUCAGAAAUACUGUUUUGGGACGGAUACAACCUGUCAGCCACAGAAUGCAUAUUACCUGUAGAUUUGCAUGGGUUUUGUAUAAAUUAAGUUAAAAAAAAUGUCUAAAAUAGUUGCUUGCACAUGAUACCAGAAAGACCUCCAGAACUGCAAUCUGCUCCUCCACUAGAUUUUAGGAUUGUCUGGAUUUUCUGGGUUAAUUUUGUCUGUAUUUUGAUAACUGUGCAUACUUAUGUAAAAAACAAAAAAAUGUUGGUGGACCCAUAAAUUUACCAGACUUUUUUCUAAGAGGAAAAAAAAAUCUGUGUUUCUUUUCUGACUUACCUGAAUUUUUACUGUUUCUCUCUCAUUGCUCGCUAAGAAUAGCAAACCUGCUUUUUCUGCAUCUGCUUUGCGUAGCUGUAAGGCUUAACCUAAUGUGUGUAUUUAUUGCUUGUACCUCUGUGCAUACUUUAUGAAGCAUUAUGUCUGGCAGUUGAGUCAUGUAUCCUUUCUACUGCUAUCCUUCUCUAAUAAUUGGGAAUAUGAUCUCCCUAUGUAUACAGUAAAUUGGGACUGUAGCAAACAUGUUUAUGUAAUUGGUGACAACUUUUUUGUUUGUUUGUUUCAUUUUCCUUUUGGAUGACAUUCAGCUCCUUUUUUGAUACUUUUCAUUACUGUGUACUGUGUCCACACGUUAAAAGUUCUCUGACAUUAGAAGGUCAUGGUUGAGAAUUGUAACAGAUAUUAUUAUUUUCUGUAUUCAUGGCAUUUCACUGCUGAAUAAAAUA